GUACUGUAUUUCUCUUACUCUGUCUAAUUCCUACUACUGGAAAUGCAGAACAGUGUACUAAUAAUAUCCUAACAUAUUCACAGUUGUUUCCAGUCCAGUAACCCAUAUCUGCUGUAUUUGUGUGUGUAAAUAAGCUAAAUGUCAGAAACUCCCAAAUGGUACUGUAUAAGUUAACAUUGGGCUUGACUGGUAGUCGAUGGUCCGUCCAUUUUGAUUAUCGUUAAAAGAUAGCCUUUGUAAAGUUGCAUCUGUCGAUACGCAUCCAAGCUAGCAGGACUUGCUGAAAGGUUGUCAGUUUCACAUAUGUAAUUAUGUGAGACUCGUCGCUAGAUGACGCCAAAGAGCUCGUCGUGUUCGGAUAGAAGGAAUUCUGCGCUAUACAAAACACGGUCGUGUGUGAUACAGUACUGAUAUCAGAUUACACACCAUAUGAACCCUUACAACACGGGGUAGACCGAGCCCAACUAGGGGAGGGCGGGGGAAACUGACCGUUUACCUCACUCGCUCUGUCGGGCAGUGCUGAGGGAGAAUCCACAUAGGGUUGGCCACAUAUCGUCUUCUUUAGUCGUGUGGGAAAACUGCGAGCGUUAGUUUCAUUUCAACUUUUUUGUUCGUACAAUGUGAGGAAAAUGACCGAGCCAAGCUCUGAUUGGGUGGAAAUCCUGGAGCCGCGCUCACGUGAGCGCAUGUAUGUGAACCUGACGACGGGCGAGUGCGGCUGGGUGCCGCCGGUGGGCAUGCCCGUGCGCCAGUCCGACGGCAACCAGUGGUGGGAGCUGUUCGACACGUCCAACAGCCGCUACUACUACUACAACUGCACCACCCAGCAGACGGUGUGGCACCGGCCCACCAGCUGCGACAUCGUGCCCCUCGCCCAGCUGCAGGCCAUGAAGAGGAGCUCCGAGUCGGAGCUGAGGGGCCUCCCCAGACCCCUGUGGGGGAGUGGGGGCAUACCGCCUGGGGGUGGUGGUGGGGGUGAGACCAAUGGGAGCGUUGGGAGCCUGGGGAGUGCUGGAGGAGGAGGAGAGGGACGAAGGACACCGCUACCGGGAGUGAGUCCGGUGCCGCCGCCUCAGGAGCCGGAGAGCUCCAGUGGGAGAGAGACGCCGUCGAAAGGGAGAGUAGACAGUCUGGACGGGAGACGAGAGGUCAACAGGGACCCUGCUCAAAGAUGGCAGCCAGCUCCGGGGUCCAAGGCGGCCAUGUUGGUGAAGGUGAACAACACUGGCAGGCACCAGUCACCUGGACCCUCUAGCGCCUUACAGCUCCUCCACCUCAGCAGCAGCAGCAGCAGCAGCAGCAGUGCUACCAAGCCCCUUUACCAGGCUCACAUUGACCACACUGCACCUUUUGGAGUCAAAAUGGCCGUCCCAGGAGACUCCAAGCAGGCAUACCACCUCAAGAAGUCGGACGGCGGUAACUUCUGCUUGGUCAUGCCUAACGCGAGUGCACCGGCAUUCCAGAACCCGCAGCGGUCCCAGGCUGGCACGCCCCGACCCUCGUCGCCCCAGUAUGGUGCCACGGCGCCCAUCUAUGAUGAGCCUCCCAGGGACCCCCCGAUUUACGACGAACCCCCGAUGGAGAUGGAGGUUGAAGGAGCGCACCUGUUGAAUCGCCCAUCGCCCUUACCUUACUCCCCCAGCCACAGUCUGCCCAGGCUGGGCCAACCGAAGCUCCUCCAGUACCCAGCCUCUCACCUGGGGGCCAAGCACAGGAGGAGCCCGUCUGCUACUGAGUACAGCCCCGCAGGGCGGGAGUGCAUCAAGCAUAUGGUGAACGUGGAUCCGGCCGUCGGCAGCACCAAACAGGGCCUGAUCUUGUCCAAUCCUCAGGCUGUCCCCUCCGCUCCCGAAUCAGUCUCCAUUAGCAGCUCAAUGCAGAGCCAGAUUCAGAGCCAAGCCCAACAGCCUCAGCCCCAGCCCCAGCAGCCCCAGCAGCCUCUAUCUCCAGCACCGGGCCCGAAGCGGGAGGUGAGCCUGGAGAAGAAGCAGUCGUGGCGGCUGCUGGAGGCCGGCGUGCUGAAGAGCAUGGAGGCUCGCCACAGCCGGCAGAGCAGCCUGGCAUCGCAGCAGGAGUACCCGAGCCCCGCCGCCGUCACCUACCAGGACUCGGGCUACUCCACGGGCCCCUCGCCCAGCCUCCGGCGCAAGAACCGCAGGCGACCCCCGGGAGCGGGCGCCGGGACCGGCUUAGCCGGGGCCGGAGCCGGGCAGGGCAGGCCAGGGUCGGUGGGCAGCACCGGGGAGCUGACGGCGCUGAACGAGAAGCUGAUGGCGGAGAUGCGGGCGGUGGUGAGCCGCUCCAACACCAUCCACAGCAGCAAGGCCAGUCUGGACACGGAGACGGGCUCGGAGACGGGGUCGGCGUCCCGCGCGCGCUCCCCUCUCGACUCUCUGCACAAGUACGCCAGCGUCGGCGGGGGCUCGUCCACACCGCGCCGCGGGGGCUCCAGGGAGGACGUGAGCGCCAGUAACCGCUCCCUGUACCGGCCGGGCGGCGGGGGCAGCCAUGCCGAGCUGCCCCUCUCGCCACUGGCAGCGGAGGGAGGCGGGAGGCAGAAGCGCACCUAUGAGAAGGUGGACACGCUGGAGAAGAGCGUCACCUCCCAAACCAGCCUGUCCUCGCCAGAGCCGCCCAGAACCCCCUUACAGACAGGAACACUGGAAUCCAAGGGGCAGCUGGAGAUCUCACCACAGGGAGGUGGCAGUGGGCAUGGCGUGGGCACCGGCAGCACGACAGCGGUCAGCGCCAACGAUGGAUUCGGUCAGGACGGUAACGGCAACAGCAACGGCAACGGCAACGGCAACACCGACGGCAGCGGCGGUGGCGGUGGCGGGCAGGUGGUCGGGGGCGGCUACCAGUACCCAUACACCACCCUGUGCAAGCCCGGCCCGGACGUCAACAUGGUGGACUGGGCCAGCAAGAACCUGAACCUGCACACGCAGGGCCUCUUCCGCCGGCGGGUCUCCAUCGCCAACAUGCUCUCCUGGAACCGCGGCUCCAUCAAGAAGCCCAUGCUCAUCACCAGCGACCGCGCCGUCAAGAAGGAGGCCUGCGAGAUGUUCAAGCUGGUGCAGGCCUACAUGGGCGACCGGCCCGCACGCCUCGACCGGCGCCACGCUGCCCUCCUGGUCGUCACCAAGUGCUGGGGCACACAGGGCUUGCGUGACGAGCUGUACGUGCAGCUGGUGCGCCAGACCACGGGGAACCUGAGUCUGCGCAGCCUGGCCUCGGGCUGGGAGCUCAUGGCCAUCAGCCUGGCCUUCUUCUCCCCCUCGCCCAAGUUCAGGCGCUACCUGGAGGGCUACAUCCAGCGUCACAUGGAGCCCAGCAACGACAAGAAGAUUCUGCAGCAGAUCCAGGAACAGCAGGACAUGAAGAACAAGAAGAACUCCAAGUCCAGGAAGAAGCGGAAACAAAACAAUGAGGAAGAGGAAGAGCAGGGUCUACCCAUCAGCACUUAUGCCAAGUACUGCUAUCGAAAGCUGCAGAAGGUGGCAGUCUCUGGAGGAAAGAAGGGCCUGCGGAAGCCCACCCUGGAGGAGAUCGACCACGGGCGCAACGGCAUUGUGACGCCGUCGCUGUUCGGCAGCGCCCUGGAAGAGAUCAUGGAGCGGCAGAGCCAGCUGUUCCCCGAGCGCAGGCUGCCCUGGGUGCAGGUGCAGCUCUCACAGUAUGUGCUGGCCCUGGGCGGCGCACAGACCGAGGGCAUCUUCAGGGUACCAGGAGACAUUGACGAGGUCAACGCCCUCAAGCUUCAGGUGGAUCAGUGGAAAAUUCCGGAGAACCUCUCAGAUCCUAAUGUCCCAGCCUCCCUGUUGAAGCUGUGGUACCGUGAGCUGGAGGAGCCGGUGAUCCCUCAGAGCUUCUAUAAGCAGUGCAUCACCAACUACGAGGACCCAGAGGCAGCCAUCAGCGUGGUGCAGUCUCUACCGGAGCUCAGCAGACUGGUGCUCUGCUACUUCAUCAACUUCUUACAGGUCUUCGCCCAGCCAGUGAAUGUGAGUAAGACUAAGAUGGAUGUGAACAACCUGGCCAUGGUGAUGGCUCCUAACUGCUUGCGCUGCCAGUCGGACGACCCCCGCAUCAUCUUCGAGAACACGCGCAAGGAGAUGUCCUUCCUCCGCGUGCUCAUCGUGCACCUGGACACCAGCUUCGUCAAGGGGAUCAUCUGAGCGUGCUCCUGGACUCUUGUGACCACCCCCCCCCCCCACCUACCACCAUACCCCCCUCAGCUGUCCCACCCCCAAUCAAUCACUGUUCUCCUCCAGCAUCAUCUGUCCCGCAGUCAGCUCAGUUCCAACCUGCCACUUCCAGUGACUCAAGACUGCAGACGGUUUUCUCCCUCUGAGUGGAUUAUCUCUUGUGCUACGUAUGAUCUUUGCUGAGAUUUGGACUGCUGUAAGAGUGAUGUCUCCACAGGGUCCUCUCCAGGCCUUUGGAUCUCCACAAGGUCCUCUCCAGGCCUUUGGAUCUCCACAGGGUCCUCUCCAGGCCUCUGCUCCGCACACUGGACUAUGCUGGCCUCAAACUCAGCAUGAUGUGAGCAGCAAUAAUGAAACCGUGAUGAAAUAAAAGCAGAGACUUAUACUGUGUACAAUAUACCGUGCAGGGACUUUUGUUUCGUAAAAAAAAAAAAAAAAGAAAAGAAAAAAUUUUUACUUUUAAAGGCUUUUAAAGAUGAGAGCAUGAAGAGCACACAUGGUCUUUUUUCUUCUUCCCGCCCUUUUCUGUGAUGGUGAACAAUCUUCGUCCAGGACCAGGACGACCACCAUGGACAUGUCAGAGAGUUUAACUUGUAUCCUUUUUCGAUCUUUAAUUAAGCGUAUGUGAGCAACAUUUCUCCCCCAUCUCUCUCUCUCUCUAAUUUAAUUUGGAAUUUCAGUUGUUUAUUUAAUUCACAUUAUUUGUAGGCACAGGCCCAGUUUGAGGGCGAGGAAGGUCUUAACCCUUCAUCAGGUUGACAAACAAUAGACCUGCUGUUUCGGCCCUCGGAUGGAAGAAAAAUAAAUAUUUAUACGUCCCUGAGAGCCUGUCCAUGAAUGGUGAAAAAGGCUUGGCUAGCCACACACACACAGUUCAUGUGUGUGUGAGUGUGUGUGUGUGUGUGCGUGUGAGUGUGUGUGUGUGAUUGUGUGUGCGUGCUGAAGGGAGAAAUGCUGGCUCUGGCCUCUGAAGGCACGAGAAAUCACAUGUCCCGCACAGCUCGGCGGUAGAUUCCACCGCAAAUGAAAAACAAAGUGGAAUGUUUCUCUCUGGAGCCUAUUCAGCUGUUUCACUGCAGACAAUUACAGUAGGACCGAGAGGAGGAACGAGAGCCAGAGGGAGGGCAGAGCAGCAGCCUGUGGUGGUGGUAGUGAUGGUGGAGCUGGUUCUUAAAAAAUAGCUACUUCACCCCCACCCUCUCCCUCCCCCAGAGAUGAACAAUUAUACCUUUGAUGGAGCCCAUGAAAGAUGCUAAUUUUAACCAUUAGCAGGUCAGAGGAAAGGAAUGCAAGGGGAGGCGAGCUGCACAGGAUCGGGUUCUUCUGUCAGGGCAGAACGAUCUGGAUGCUCUGCUAGACUGGAGCGAUCUUCAAGGGCUCCUCGUGUUAUCUUAGUCCCACUUGGGACCACCCAGUGGUGGGAUCUUUGUGCACGCAAAGGGUCACACAAAUCUGAAAUAUGAGUGACAGUGAUAGCCAAAGAACUAUUUAGUGCCAGCGAGGGGUCCCUCGUGGAUAAGGCUCUCUGACGUUUUGGAAGAACCUGUGAAGUGUCAAAAAGACUUCUGAAAUCACUACCCUGAGGGGAGAGUGCUGCCUUUUAUGCUGAUGAACCCUCUGUAAUCAUGCAGUCAGGUAACAUUCAUUACCCUACUAAAUACAAAUACCAUACAAUAAGCUCAAUGUUAUAAAAUAAAGAAAAUUCAAAAAUGGGCAGGAACAAAACUAGUGAUAGACUUUGGUUGUAGGCCACAGCCACAGACUGGUUCCAGUUGUUAAUCACGCGCAGCACAAGUCAAACUGCUCGGAGGAAACCAUUACCAAACCCCAACUAAACUGAUAUUUUUAGGCUGGGAAAUCGCCUAACAAGGACUUUCCUAUUCACCCUAAAGUCUGUACCUCAGACCGAAGGAGGGGUGGAAGAAAGCUGAAAGGCCAGCCUGCACAGACGGCUCAGUAUAUUUAGCUCUGUGGUCGUGUGCAGGACUGGGUUUUAGCACUCCCCUCUCUCUCCCACUGACUACCCACACUGACAGUGGUUGUCUGUACUGCACCAUAGGUCAUGUGCUGUGUGUAUGUGUGUGUGUGUGUGUGUGUGAAUGUGUGUGUGUGUGUGUGACAGAGACUGAAAGUGAAUGAGUCUGAAAGUUGAGAUUUGUGUAUAUGUUUGGGUAUAGAUAGACACAUAUAGUAUGGGUAGACUUCCCCAAAGCUACAGGGCCUAAAAUGAAAGGGUACAGGCAGGCCCCAAAUGGUCCCAAAAUGGAGCAUAGCAGGUUGUUAAAAAACUAUUGCCUUCUGAACUGAAUCUUCUACCUACUGUACUCUCUGUGUCUGGUCCCAGUUGUUCAGAAAAGCAACUUGAAUCGGUAUGGUUUUGGAAAGCGUAUGCAGCAACAGAUACUUCUCCAUAGAUAAUAUACUACUCUUGAUAUUAAAGUUUGUGUGUGUGUGUGUGUGUGUGUUGGACAACCUAAGGCCAGCUGGGUGUGUCACACAUUCUCAGCUAUUCUCAACUCAGCACUCUCCCUUACCAGCCCACAGGAGGAACCCUUCUGCAGUGCAGUGAGGCGUAUGGUUCGCUAGCCUGAAAUACACUCUGGAUAGAAUUACCAGAGGUUCCAGUUCAUUAAAUACCUAUCUCUUCUAUCACCUUCUGUGCUCAGACUCUUUCUCUCUCUCUCUCGCUCUCACUCUUCUUUCCCUGGUUAUUCCCUCCCUCUGACAUGUGUAGAGAUUCAAACCUUGCCAGGGAUUUCACUGUAAUAAAUACUCCAGUCAAAACAGCUGAAGGGGAAUUUGAGGAUUCUGUGUACAGUAAUCACAUACAGACACACACACGCUCACUCAUACACACACAUUGCUUGCAGACAGACACGGGCAAACCCACACAGGCAAGCACAAUUCUACACAACCUUCCUACCCAGGGCCUGUUACAUAGUUUCACCAUGGCUGGUUUGUGUGGAAAGAUUGGGUCUCCAACCGUGUGUACAUAUGAUGACAUGUGAAUAGCCGCACGCUGCUGAUUACUGUAUGUUUAAACCACGACUCAUGCUGUUUGAGUCGUCAAGAACACAGAAGAAGAAAUAAGAUAAGAAACACAUUCAGAGUUUUGUUAUUUUCUUGUUUCAGUUGUUGGUUCUCUCCCCUUUGCCCUCCAGUUUAAAUCCAUGCAUUUCUGUGUUUUGUUGAUAGAUGUAUAUAUAUAUACUGUACGCUCCAGCCUCUGCCAGUGGGUGAUGACUGGUCAAUAGUGUGAUUGAUAAGAGAGGAAGCAGGAGAGUGAUGCCCCCACACACACAUACCCCUCCUAAUGUUUGCACUUAAUACCCCCUCCACUUACUACAUACCCCCACCCCCCGGGCUCAUCUCUGGUGUGAGUGUUGGAGGCUCACACCAGAGUUGAUGUAUUAUUGAUCUUUGUUGUAAAUGCUCUUGGCAAGUUUUUUUUUUCUUUUCUUCCUGAGGUAUGUUGAGUGUGUGAGUGUGUGAAAAAAAAUACAAAAUCUUUGUUGGAUGUGGAUGCAUUUAGAUAUCCAUAGUUUCCUAAAUAAUAAAUAAUUGCGGGAAAAAAUAAAGUUUGUAAAUUUACUGAGAA